UGGUUACCGAUUACCUUUGUUAAAAUAAAUAAUUCCACAAAAUGGGUGAUUUCUUGGCACCUAAUAAUACUUGUGGCCAAAAUUUAUUACGUUUGGUGUCUCGUGGAAAUGCUAUUAUAGCUGAAUUGAUGAGAUUAAAGGAUUAUGUGCCGCCAGUAUUUAGUUUGGAUUCAAAACAAAUAGUACAAAAGUAUGGAUCAAUUAUAAUUGAUUUUACAUAUUUUAAAUCAGUUAGCGUUUACGAACAAAAAAUAGAAAAUGAUCCGGUUCUUCAAGAAACAGAUGAAGAGUUGAGAAAUAAUUUUUCAGAUAUAAUUUCAAGGUUUUACUUGGCUUUUGAAAGUAUACAUAAAUAUGUUACAGACUUAAACUUUUAUGUUGAUGAAUUAGAAGAUGGAGUAUAUAUUCAUCAAUCUAUAGAUUCGAUCAUGCUUAAUGAAGAAGGAAGACAGCUAAUGUGUGAGGCAGUAUAUUUAUAUGGAGUUAUGUUACUUUUGGUGGAUUACCAUUUCGAAGGAUGUGUAAGGGAAAGAUUACUUGUAUCUUAUGAUCGAUAUAAUGCUCAACGUUCGUCCUCUACACGUGUUGAUGACAUAUGUACGUUAUUACGUUCAACAGGAUUUUCAAAAACUUCUAGUAAGCGACCUGCAAAUUAUCCUGAAGAAUAUUUUAAGAGAAUACCAUUGAAUGAGUCUUUGAUAGAACAUAUUAUUGGACGUUUACGUUCAGACGAAAUAUAUAAUCAAAGCCUUGCUUUUCCACAUCCAGAACAUCGCAGUACUGCUCUUUCCAAUCAAGCAUCGAUGUUGGUUGUAAUAUUGUCAUUUAAAUCGUCUAUGUUACAUACACAUACAGCUAUUAUGAGAGAGAUAGUAGAUAGAUUUUUCCCCGAUAAUUGGGUGAUUAGUAUUUAUAUGGGGAUAGUGAUAAAUUUAUGUGAUUGGUGGUCACCAUAUAAGGCUGCGAGAACAGCUCUUAGUAAUACACUUGAAUCAUCAAAUGUAAAAGUAAUUGCACAAAAUUAUGGUAAAAAAAUGAAGAAAUUAAUAUCUGAAACAGAAGAAGUACAAUUGGCAAUUAUUUUAGAUGAAAAUGCAAUAGGAUCAUUGGUAAAGUUAGUAAGAGAAUGUAAUGUAACAUUACAUUGGAUUCUUCUACAUACAGCAAUGUCAACUAUAACAUUAGAAGAUUCAAAACGUUUACGUAUACUCAGGCAAUUAGUAAUAAAUGAAAGCAAAUAUACAACAGCCGAUUGUCUACAAUUGUUACUAAGUACUGCCCAGAUUGAACAAGAUGUCAAACAAUUGUAUAAAGAUUUAUUAUGUGGUAAAGAAACUAAAUGGGUUAGGGAUAAGGGAAUAUGCGUCGAACGUAUAACAGACCUUACCCAAAUAUUUAGUGGUAAUAAAUCUCUUGAUGGUGUUGAAAAAAAUCAAAAUCUACAUUCGUGGUUUAUGAAGAUUAGUAAACAUAUCGAUUCAUUGCAAGAAGAGGAUGGGAGGAAAAUAGUACAAUUAUUACAGGCCUUAGAACACGUGCAACAGUUUCAUCAGUUGGGAAAUAAUUUACAUAUAUCACAACAUAUAGCUGAUAUAUGUGAAAUAUUGCAUAAUAUGUUGCGCACAGGAAAUAUAACAAAAGACAUCAUGAUCAGUUUAAAUAUAGUGACAGAUUGUUGUUAUGCAUGGAACGUAAUGGAAUCAUUUAUCGACACAAUGCAAGCUAGUAUAAAAGAAAAUCCUCCAACUGUAAUAAACUUAAAAGCCCUUUUUUUAAAAAUGGCUUCAGCUUUGGAAACUCCUUUAUUACGGAUAAAUCAAGCGCGCAGUGCAGAUUUAUCAUCAGUAUCACAAUAUUAUAGUAGGGAAUUAGAAAAAUAUGCAAGACGUGUUUUACAAAUAAUACCUGAAACUGUGUUUGGUUUACUUGCUCAGAUAGUUCAUCUUGAAACUAAUGCUUUUAAGGAAAUACCCACUAAGUUACCAAAAGAUAAACUGAAAGAAUACGCACAAUUAGACGACAGAUUGAAGAUGGCUAAGUUAACGUAUGCUGUGUCAGUGUUUACAAAAGGAGUGUUAUCUUUAAGAAGCGUUCCAUUGGGCGUAUUGAGAGUUGAUUCUCAUCAUCUUUUGGAAGAUGGUAUACGACAAGAACUUGGAAAAAAAGUUACAUUAGCUUUAGACAGUGGUCUUGUUUUUGAACCAAAAACAAAAAUAUCUUUAAUACAAAAACUUGAUAAUUUAGCUGCGAUUAUGGAUGGUUACCGUAAAUCAUUUCAAUAUAUUCAAGAUUAUAUAAAUAUUAAUAGUUUAAAAAUAUGGCAUGAAGAAAUAACGUAUAUCAUAAAUAAUGCAGUGGAUGAAGAGUGUGCAGGUUCUUCCUGGACUCCAGAAAGAUCAUGGAGAUACCUUCAAGAAGAAAAACAUGUGUCUGUAUUGGAUAAUAAUUGUGUAACUUUUAUUGGCAGACUUGCUCGUGAACUUGUUCGUAUAACUGAUUCUAGGACAACUGUUUAUAUUGAACAUUCCCUUGCCUGGUAUGAUCUUAGAACGCAAGCAGAAGUAUUAAAUUAUAAAAUUUUUUCAAAGAUAUUAGAAGCAAUAGGUACACCUGGCUUAACAGGACUUGAUAAACUUAUUUCAUUUUAUAUCGUUACUGAAUUAGGUAAUAUGACCCAUUAUAUAGAAAAGAAUAUUCGUAAUAAAACGUGGACGUCUACGCUUGAUUGUUUUGAGACAAUAUUCAAUUCUAUAGAGAGUUCCAAAGGUAAUAUGCCAAAACUUCAUACCUCUGUUAGUACUUAUACUAAUAAAUUCUGUCCUCAACUACUUGAAUGGAUAUUAAAAGUCGGGCAUUACCAACUUCUUAAAAAAAAAAUUGCAUAUGAACUGAACACUGCUUGCAAAUUCGAAGCUAAACAUAUGGAAGCAGCACUUCAAACUGUAAAUACAGCUAUUUUAUUGGAAAUCGAUAAAAGAGGCAAUUCUGAUCAAAAUGAGGCUGAUAGAAAUGAAUUAUUGCGCGAGCUUAGCGUUAGAUUAGAUUGGGCUGGUAUAAGUAACCCACAUAAUAAUGUUUAUAUUAAAUCGCCAAAUAUAAGUAACAUUGCGCUCAUUAUAUUUUUACUUACUGUGACACAACUGCCUAAAUUGUACUAUUGUAAAAAUACAGGAAGUCUUUUAAGUAAAAAACCUCAAGACCCUCUUGAUGCUGUAAUAUUCGUAAUUGGAGUACAAACAGUUUUGCGCCAAUGUGCUUUUUCCACAAUGAUACGUUAUGUUAAAUACCUUUGUACAUAUGUUCUAUCCUGUGUUACUCCAGACAGCGCAAAAACGGGAAGUGAUGGAGAUUCCGAAGGAACUAACACUUUACAUUUUUUAGAGUUAUUUAUAAAAUAUUCUGGCAUACCACGAUCGUUUAUCCUUAAAGAAAUUCCUGUAAUUAUCAUGGAUCAUUUCCAAGCGAAGACUGUUAAAUAAUCGUAAAUUUCAAGCAUAAUAUAAUUCUUUGAAUAAAACCAACUUGCAUUGCAUUGGAGUAUAG